AUGAAAAGGAGACAAGAAUCAGAAUGGGAAGAGGCACAAAAGCUUGCCAUUAGCGUUGAUCUCGUCACUUCAGCCAAACAACACCUACGAUUUCUUGCUGAAGUUGAUAGGAAUCGGACCCUCUAUGAUGGCCCUAUCUUAGACCGGGCCAUUUAUAGGUACAAACACUAUUGGCUUCCACUACUUGGCAAACAUACAGAAUCUACGAUUUUGGAAGGCCCUUUGGUUGUGCCACUUGACUGUGAAUGGAUUUGGCAUUGCCAUAAGCUUAACCCAGUACGAUACAAGGCUGAUUGUGAGGAACUCUAUGGGAGAAUCCUUGACAAUAAGAAUGUCAUGUCCGCAAUUAGUCCAACUUGUAGAAGGCAAACCGAAGAAAUAUGGAAGAGGAUGUAUCCAUAUGAGCCAUAUGAAAUUAAUAUGAGCAGUCAAUUCCUCAAAAAUUUCAUAAAUUCUUCGAUGAGUACCCAUUAUGAUCUGGUUUCAGCUGUUAAGAGACAAAGUCCUUUUUUUUACCAGGUAUCUGGAUCCCACAUGAAUGAUGAUGUCUUUCUUGAAGGUGCUGUAGCUAGAUACAAGGGAUUUCUACAUUUGAUCAAGAGAAAUUGGGAAAAUUCCAAGAGAUGUUUUUGUGUUCCAACAUAUGACAUCGACCUUAUCUGGCAUACUCAUCAACUGUAUCCUGUUUCUUAUUCCAAAGAUGUAAUGGCAGCUUUGGGAAAGAUAUUAGAACAUGAUGACACAGAUUCUGAUAGAACAAAGGGUAAGAAGCUAGACACUGGAUUUUCUAGAACAACCAAACAAUGGGAAGACAUGUUCGGAUGUAGGUAUUGGCGUGCUGGAGCAAUGUAUAGAGGACAAGCUCCAUCCCCACUUGGACUCAACUUGUCUCAAUUGGACAACCAGUGGUGGGACAAGAAGAUGGUCCCAUCAAAUGAAAAUCAAGAUAUGGUUUCACUUCAUAGGAAAACGGUUAUGGAGAUUAUGAUAGAGAUUGUUGGGGUCAAAGAUCUACCUCAAGGACUUAAAGGAAGUCUCUUUGUUACAAUCAACAAAAAACAACCAGAUGUAUUUCUUAACAACAAAAGAAACAUAAGCAUUUUGUGCAACACCAAGGAGAAACAAGCAAUUGUGUUCCAAUGUGAGCCUAAGGGGGAUCUUGUCAUUGAACUAAUGUCAUAUUCACCUAUCAAAACAUUAGGAACAACCUCAAUCUCCCUGAAGGGCAUAGUAAACUCGGUUUCUCGGCUUUAUGCAGAAGAAUGGUUCGAUUUGGUACCAGAUUUGACACUUGUUGAUUCGAAACCGAUUAGUGUGCGAAUCGCUUUCUCUUUCACUCCUCCAAUUCUAGCACACUACAUGGUUCAAAUGGUUCGGCAUUUCAAGUAUCAUUCCUUUACCGAUGAGGCUAACAAUGAUAUAAUCAGUCUCCAAAUGAGAGAUUACCAGACAAGAAAGGAAGUGAUUGGUCUAACAUCAUGUGGUGGAACGCAUGUGAUUGUUUUUCGAGGAAGAAAACUAGGAUUUGAGAUUAAUGAUGGCAAGAAGCUGAAAAAUGAAGAGCAUUUCAUGACGGCUGUUGAAUUCUCCAUGGAAUAUCCUUAUGGAAAAGCUAUAGCUUUGUUCAACCUUAAAUCUGCUAUUAUAGAGAUCAGUGAAGAAGAACCGCUUGUAGUCCCUAUGAUUAUAUUGGCUUUUCUAGUUUCUGAAAGUUCAAGCAACUGUGGGAAAAGCUGCAAUAAUGAAGGGAAGGGUGGUGGUGAAGCCAUUACUAAUGGAAUCAAAGACUCACCUCCUGACGGUGAAGAUGAGGUUAAGAGUAGCAAUUGCGGCGGGUGUGGUGGUGCCUGCGGCGUUAGUUGUGGAGGAAGCUGCGAAGGGCACUGUUCGGGUGGUGAUGUCUACCGGAAUUGA